CCUGCACUCUGCGCCUCCCUCCUCCUCCUCCUCCUCCUCCUCCAUGGAUUCUCUACCCUUUAGGCUUUGUACCUUUCAUCUCACUUUCCCUCUACGUGUUUGCUUCGUCUGCACGGAGUUCGAUUUUUGAAAGAGGAACCCCUGAUUCCCACCGCCACUCCUCUCUCUCUCUCAUCCCAACUUUUCUCAGGCUGGCGGACUUCAAGGCACCCCUUGCGUCUCUCGUGGUCUACCUAUCUUCUAGAUUCGCGGAUCCCUUUGAUUUCAAAUCGAAGAGGAAGAAGAAGAAGAGAAGGGGCGGAGAAGAUUACCGAGUCAAGAUGCUCUGGAUCAUGAGGUUGUCCGGUUUCUUCUCCGCAGCAAUGGUCAUGAUCGUCUUAUCUCCGUCUCUCCAAUCUUUCCCUCCCGCCGAAGCCAUCAGAUCCUCUCAUUUCGAUGGAUACCUCCGGUUACAUGGCCAUACUUCGCCACUCAAUUCCUUGAAUCGGUUUUCCUUCAGAAAAGCCUCGACAUUUCGCAAUGCGGAGGAAUGCAGUUCUGCCGACACCAGAACCUCCGGCAAAAUAACCGUCUGCGACCCUUAUCUUGUCCAUAUCGCCAUCACACUCGACGUCGAGUACCUCCGCGGCUCCAUCGCCGCCGUUCAUUCCGUCCUGCAACAUUCCAUCUGCCCCGAGAAUAUCUUCUUCCAUUUCCUUGUCUCGGAGACGAAACUUGAAACCCUAGUACGUUCUACUUUUCCGCAGUUGAAGUUCAAGGUGUAUUACUUCGAUCCAGAGAUUGUGAGAAACCUGAUCUCGACUUCCGUGCGGCAAGCGCUGGAACAGCCGCUGAAUUACGCGAGGAAUUACCUUGCAGAUAUCCUGGAGCCGUGCGUUCGGCGAGUGAUUUACCUGGAUUCUGAUCUCGUGGUUGUGGAUGAUGUUGCGAAGCUAUGGGAGACGGAGCUUGGUCCGAGGGCCGUAGGCGCACCGGAAUACUGCCAUGCGAACUUCACCAAGUAUUUCACGGGGAAUUUCUGGUCAGAUAAGCGGUUCUCGAGCGCGUUCGCAGGGAGGAAACCAUGUUACUUCAACACGGGAGUGAUGGUGAUGGAUCUGGUGAAGUGGAGAAGGUUUGGGUACACGAAGAGGAUAGAGCGGUGGAUGGAGAUUCAGAAAAAUGGACGGAUUUACGAGCUUGGAUCGUUGCCGCCGUUCCUGUUGGUAUUCGCUGGACACGUGGCGCCGAUUGAACACAGGUGGAACCAGCACGGGCUUGGAGGGGAUAACGUCAAGGGUAGUUGUCGUGAUCUUCAUCCAGGUCCGGUCAGCCUCUUGCACUGGAGCGGAAGCGGCAAGCCUUGGCUUAGACUCGACUCGAACCGCCCUUGUCCUUUGGAUGCACUCUGGGCCCCAUACGACCUCUACGGACGCCCGUGGCCUAUUAUUCCGUCGCAUUAGGUGGUUGCCCGUCGCCGGUAAAUUCCUACAGGUGGAAUGUUUCUCCCUUUUAUUUUUAUUUUUGUUCUCA